AUCGAGUUGUCAACCGAUGAUCUUAAACUGAUGAAAGCAGAUUGUUGUUAGAAAUUUGUUCUCUUAGUUGUUUUAAUUGUUUAGGAAAGUAAAUUAAUUUUAAUUAAACCAAAAUGCCUGUUAAACGACGUACCGGUGCUGUCAAAAAUCCACCGAUCCUGAGCCAUGAAUUUUUCAUCCAAAAUCAUCCGGAUAUUGUCUCUUGCGUGGCCAUGGUCUUCAUCGUUGGUCUACUUUUCCAGGCAACUUCUCCUAUGGCAAGCCUUUUUAUCGUGAUGAGCCAUAAUGUCACCGAGAUGCACGAGCAAACCGUUUUGUACUCUUAUGGUCUUAAAGAUUUGGCUCUAAUUUUCUUCUAUUUCUUAAUUUCCAUUGUUAUGCAUGCUGUUGUUCAAGAAUAUCUUCUUGAUAAACUCAAUCGUCGGCUUCAUUUGUCAAAGAUCAAACAUAGUAAAUUCAAUGAAAGUGGUCAACUUUUAGCUUUCUACUUGGUUUCCGUUAUUUGGGGCAUCGAGAUUAUCAGGAGAGAAGGCUACCUUUGGUCUAUUUCUAAAUUAUGGAUCGAUUACCCAUAUCACCAUAUGUCUUAUCUUUUCAAAUUUUACUUCAUUAUCCAAAUAUCUUACUGGUUACACAGCUUCCCUGAGCUUUAUUUGCAAAAGACUAAAAAAGAGGAAAUGGGUCCAAGGAUUACUUAUUCAAGUCUUUAUCUCUUCUUUUUCACUGCCGCUUAUGUACUGAACUUCACUCGAAUUGCUUUGUGCCUUUCAAUUUUACAUUAUACAGUUGAAGCUCUGUUCCACUUUUCCCGACUAUGCUAUUUUGCCGAAAAGACCCCAGUCUCUGAACACGGUUUCAAAGUAUGGAACAUCUUGUUCGUAUUCACAAGAUUGGCAUCAAUCACUUUGUCUGUACUAACAUUCUGGUAUGGGUUGGCUGUUAAUCAGAAAGGUACCUUAUCCAUCUCUCAAGGAAAUUUCAAUACACAAUUAAUUAGAAUAAACUGCCUGUUAACUCUAUUCUUCCUGCAAGCAUGGAUGAUGUGGAACUUUAUCACAUUCCAUUUGAAACGAAUGAGAGAACGAGCAAUGGAGAGGCAACAGGCCAAAAAGAAAUCAUUCAAAAGUCAAUCAAAAAAACCGAAACGUACCGACGAUGAUGUUAGUGAAUUACCUGAAGUUGAUCAAAAUACCAAGAAAAUGGUCAAUCAAAAAUCAACAGUUGCUAAAUCGGGUAAAGUUAAGGGACAUUAAAAAACUUUUAAUAGUUUUUUAAUUCUAAUUGCAACUAAGAGAAAAAGAAACAAUUAAUCAAUCACAACAACAACAUUGUUUGAUUUUUCUUCGUUUUAAAUUUAAUUACUGCAGUUAAAUUUUUACAUGAUGUCAACGAAACAUCAGCAUUAUAUUAUAAAUCGAAAAAAAAAUUUAUCAAAAAAGGUUAUAAUCAACUCUUAAUUAUAAAAUCAAUCAAAAAAAAAAAAAUAAACAAUUAAUGGCAAGACAAAAAAAAACGAAAGAAGCAAAAAAUAUAUUUUAAUUGUCAUUAUGAAAAAGCUAAAUCACUAAUUGUUGUAAUAAUCUUUUCUCCAGAAUUUAUAAAUUGUCUUUAUGGGUGUUGAAAGAAAAUCAAUAUUUUUUUACAUUUAA